GAGUGGGGCGUCUACUAUCAUAAUCCGUAAUAUCUUAUUAAUAAAACGUUUUCUAUUAUCUGUAGAAAGUUCAUUAAUUCGCAACUAUAUUUCUAGUUAUUAUUAAAAUACUACAUGAACAUUUCGUGCGACAAACCUGCAUUUAUCAUUAAUUAUUUGGCUUAUUGCUGGUUUUGUAUUGGAUAGGUUAGUUAUUAUCCAAAAAAAUGACUACAGUGAAAUGUCAGGGUGGCAUUGAUAUUUUGAGGUUGCCUGUUAAUAAAGAAGAACAUGUUUUUCCACCAUGGUUUAUGAAAUAUACACAAUCACAUAUAUUGCAUUCCAAAUGUUCAAUAACUGGACAAGAAGAUCAGGGAUGCAAAGAUGAUAAGGAUAUUUGCCAGUUUUGCUCAUACAGUCGAGCUCUUGAAAUGCCACACAUGCCAGAUAUGGUUUUUCCAAACAAUAUUCUCCAUUUAAAACACAAGAAUGGUGCAACAUUAGAUUUUGUAGCUCUUGAUGCCUUGAAAAGAGUAUCCAACGGAAAAAUCAAUGUUCAGCUUGCUUGUGCUGAAGCUUGGCGUGAAUCCAGAGUGGAUCAGGAAGAAUAUUUAAAAGAGACAAUAAAACCUUUUGAUUGGACAUUUACGACUGACUAUAUGGGUACAAUGUCAGGAUUUGAAGUGGAAGAGACUGAUGAACGUAUUGAUAUGGAAAAGCUAAAACGUAAAGAUAAAAUAUUAUUUUACACUGAUUUGACUUUAUUUGAAGAUGAACUACAUGAUAAUGGAAUUGCAUCACUAUCAGUAAAAAUGAGAGUGAUGCCUGGAACGUUUUACAUACUCUUACGAUACUUUUUAAGAAUAGACAAUGUUAUGUUAAGAGUAAAUGAUACCAGAAUAUAUCAUGAAUUUGGACAUAAUUAUUUGUUACGUGAAUAUACUUCCAGAGAAGCCAAAGUUGAGGAAAUAAAUGUAUCCCCAUCCUUAUUCGUACUACCAAAUGAGAUUGCUCCUCACCUGCCAUUGGUUAGAAGUUAUUAUCACAAAUUGAAAAUGUCUGCAUGUCCUGAACCUAUUGCAGCACCUACACUUAAUUUAGCAACUAAAAGUGAAGCUGCUGCAACAUCCUCUGAACGCAAAGAUUGUGCUAAAGAAACUGCAAAUAAAGAUAAUGCUACAGAAAUUACACAAAACAAAUAAAAAAUAAAUAAGAAUGUAUGUUAUGUGAAUCUAUAAGUAUGCUCCAUAUAAAACCUUGGAUUAUUUUUAAGGCAAAAAAUUGUAAAUUUUGUAAUCAACGGUAGAAUGGAUUUUGAAUUUGCAGGAUAGAUUUUAUGGAUAUACUUUAAAAAAUGCAGAUUCAUUUUACGUGAAAAAACUUUUUA